AUGGCCUGGACUCGGGCCAUCCUCUACUCUGUUCUCAGCAGUUACUUCUGGCAUCCUUCUAGUGCUGAAUAUGUCUGGCCCGACGAACAAAUCGACGAGUUGGAGAGGCUAUUAUUUGAACAAGAUAGUCCUUUCGAUCCUCCCGGUGGUAAUAUUGCCUCCUUUGUCUCAGGAUGCACUGGGUUUGCGGGCGGCCCUGGUGGCUCUGGAGGGCGUAGUUUCGGCGCUGAAUGGUUGAGAAAUGCCUACCAUGACAUGUCUACAGCAGAUGUAACUGCUGGAACUGGCGGUCUCGAUGCUUCGAUUGUAUUUGAGAUGGAUCGUCCUGAGAAUGUAGGACAGGCAUUUUCAGAAUCACUAAGCUUUUUAGGCGCAGCCUACACUACUCGAUCAUCUAUGUCUGACAUGUUCGCGAUGGGUGCGGUGAUGGCUGUUGGACAAUGUUCUAAUGGAAACAUUAUUAUCCCAUUCAGGGCAGGCCGUGUGGAUGCGACUGGUCCUGGCCCAUCAGGCGUUCCGCAACCACAGGAAGAUCUUGCUACACACACUGCGACUUUUGCGAAGCAAGGCUUUAAUGUGUCCGAGAUGAUAACCCUUGUUGCCUGUGGGCAUACCAUUGGAGGUGUGCAUGGCGUGGACUUUCCAGAAAUUGUCCCCAACCCCCCUAACACAGGUACUGACAAUACCGUGACUUUUGAUGCAACAACAAACGAUUUCGAUAACUCUGUCGCCAAACAAUUUGUUGCCAAUGUCUCUCAAAACCCACUUGCAUUUGGUCAAAACGAAACAACACGAUCAGAUUUCCGCAUUUUCAACGCGGACGGGGGCAAGGUAAUCUCUCAGAUGGCAGAAUCCGAGAAUUACUUUCUUAGUACCUGUAACGCUUUGCUUGAGCGCAUGAUCAAUACUGUGCCUCGCAGUGUAAAACUAACAGAUAUUCUACAUCCUUAUACCGUCAAGCCAAGAAAUUUAUUUAUUACUCCUAAUGCUGACGGAACGGUAUUUGCAACUGGCUUUAUAAGGAUCAUUAACACUACAGUCGAUGCUACUAAGAGCCAAGUGCUCAUUCACCCUACCUCGCGUUCCGGCAAACUCUUACCCGUGACCACCGGUAUUAGAAACAACCGCUUGACUGCUAGUUGCAGUUAUCCCAACUGCGGUCCCGACUUCAUUUACUACCAGUUCAAUACCACGAUUUCAGCUAAGGAUGGCAUAUCGUCCUUUACUGUUGAGAUUGUAGACGAUGCCUCUGGAAAAACAAUAGUUUACGAAAAUGGAGGCUCCGGAUUCCCAUUUUCAGAUGCUAUUCAACCUGUGUUUAGCUUGUCCAACCAGAGCGUAAUCACCGUCGAUAAAGUCGAUUAUACUCAACUGAAUAUAACCGCUUUAGUCUUGAAUGCCGAAGACUUCUCUGACGUUUCGCUCAUCGUUCCUCAGCCAUUAAAUACUACUGCCCCAUUGAGUCCAUGGAUUCAAGAUAAAGUGAAGAUGAAGCCUUUGAACAAGAUUCCAGGAACUGAGUACACUUUAUAUAGUGGUACUUGGCAGGGUAAAGUACCGACAAAUACUCAUCCCUUCGAUAUUGUUGCUACCGGACAAAAAAGCACCGUUUCGAGCCUAUUCAACACAUGGGAUAAUGUUCCACAAAUAUUCAAUUAA